AUGUGGUUUCUAGUGUCAUUAUGCAUCUUUGUAUGUGUACCUUGGAAAAAGAAAAAUGGGGCGUUACAGGAACUGACCACUUGGCAUAAGUGGAAAGAUGAUGAUCUUCAGGCUGGUUGCUAUAUGAUGGCAUCGAUGUCUAAUGAGCUGCAAAAGCACGAGAACAUGGAACAUGCAAUAGAGAUCCAUUUGCACCUACAAGAGUUGUAUGGUGAACAGACUAAACAUGUGAGAUAUCUUAUCUCAAAGGAGCUUUUUAGGGCCCGUAUGACGGAUGGUGAAUUAGUCAAUAAUCAUGUAUUGAAAUUGAUAAACCUGAUAGAAAAGCUUGAGUCUUUGGAUGUUGUUAUGGAUAAUGCUCUAUAUAAAGAUCUUAUCCUACAAUCUCUUCCUGAUUCAUUUGAUUAUUUUGUCAUGAAUUUCAAUAUGUAUAAGCUUAAGACUACUCUUCCUGAGCUUUUUAACAUGUUAAAAACUACUAAGAUGAUAAUGAAAAAGGAAAAAUCUGUCAUGCUUAUCGGUUCCUCGCAUUCAUCAAAACCAAAGAAAAAUUGGUCAAAGCAAGGUAAAGAGAAGAGUUCCCAGAAAGAGAAGAUGAAGCUUAAAGGUGGAGUUAAGAAGGCAAAGCCAAGUCCAGUAGAGAAAGGAAAUUGCUUCCAUUGUGGAAAGCUUGGGCAUUGA